ACGCGCCUUCGCCUCAACGACGUCAACCGUUAUCGUCUUAAUCAUGGUUACCUACGGUGGAGAUGAAGUUUCAGCAUUGGUCCUUGAUAUCGGUACUUCCUCGGUUCGAGCUGGUUACGCAGGGGAUGAUAGCCCAAAAGCCAUAAUUCCGACACAAUAUGGAUUUAUCCCGCCGAGCAGUGAUCAAGAUGUGGAUAUGGGCGACAACUCAGACAGCACAGAAAAGCCUAAGGGUGCUAGAAGUUUUAUUGGAGAAGCAGGUCCCUCGUUAUUCCGACCGGGAAUGCAGAUUGGAAACCCGAUGAGCGACACGCUCAGUCAGUCUUAUCUACCCGUCUCGUUCCUAACGAUCGUAAUUGCAAUUCUUUCUAGUCCAGGACUUUGGCCCUAUUCCAGCGCUAGUCCGACAUGUGCUACAGGAUUCAAUGCGAGUCAAUCCCAGCGAACACCCGAUUUUGGUUACGGAACCUGCAUGGAAUACACCCGAAAAUCGGGAAAGAAUGGCGGAAAUCAUGUUUGAGGAGUUUCAAGUCCCAGCAUUUUAUAUAGCGAAUACUGGCGUGCUGAAUACAUUUGCCGCUGGAAAAGGUUCCGCGCUUGUCGUUGAUGUUGGCCAGUCAGUUGCUAGUGUCAUACCGGUCGUCGAUGGCUUUGUAUUGCGAAAAGGUGUAGCAUAUUCCAAUCUACCAAAACUUGUGGCUGCGCAUGCAAGACACAUUCUACUGGGAAACAAUAUAGACCUUAUACCCCACCAACUCAUUGCCAGUAAAACUCCUGUUGAACCCAAUAUGCCCCCUCAAUAUGCCGUUCGUGAAGACAAAAUACCUGGGGUUACUGAUAGUUGGCGGCAGUGGUAUGAAGAUCGAGCGGUUGAGGAAUGGACCCAGAACAUGGGCGGAAUUCUUGAACAAGGAUGGAACGACCAGUUAGCUAUCCAACGUCCAGCAAGGCAAUACGAGUUCCCUACUGGUUUCAACACAUUUUUCGGUCCCGAUAGAUUCCACGUAGGAGAGCUUUUUUUCUUCCACAAACCCAACUUGGUCGCGUCGAACUCAUCGUUACCGAGACACAUUCCGGCUUUGAUUAGCGACUCUCUACGCGCCUGCGAUAUCGAACUGCGACAAGUGCUUAUGGGUAAUGUAGUUGUGACUGGUGGUGGAACUCUUUUCAGCGGUUUUACAGACAGGCUCCACAAUGAGCUCGUCCGAUCUUUCCCCCAUGUGAAAAUCCACGCACCCGGAAAUCCGGUUGAACGUCGGUACGGGGCAUGGCUGGGAGGAAGUAUCUUGGCGAGUUUGGGAACGUUCCAUCAACUUUGGAUCAGCAAAGAAGAGUGGAUGGAACAUGGGAAAGGAAUUGUUGCACAGAGAUGCAAAUAAUUAAAGGACGGUUCAUUUGUUGUAUCUCUAUGUCCCUGUACCACAAACAUUCUGUGAGACCACUCCAUUUCGGAAGUAGAGACUGGCAGUAGGCCUUGGUGCGUACCACUAUUCACUGUCUCCACAUCGGGCCUCGGCGGUGUUCGUCGAGUCAUGGUGUACAUACCUUGUCCUUUACCUUCCUCGUCACUGUAUAUGAUUGUUGCUGAGAUACGGAUACAUUGUCUUCU